AUGGGUAUACUGGAGUUUUGGGUGGUCUUGAUUGUUCUUGGCUUUUGUUUACAAGCUCAAGUUCUGAAUUCUCAGAACUUCACGUGCAGUUCAAAUGACUUGGAAGGCAUUGAGGGAUUUCGUGAGUGCUGUGGAAUCACCUAUUGGUGGGGUUGUUCAUGUGGAGCUUGGACAGAGAAGACUAAGGAGCAGAUCUGGAAGCUGCUUGGCAGAUUGCAGUAUCAGCUGAGGCAUACAAAUGUGAUCGCUGAUUUUCUUGCCUCAUUUGCUGUCCAAACUGACACAGAUACUGAUUUUUCAGCAAAUGGCAUUCUGCCAUUGUCUGGCAGGCUGAGUGAGUGA